GGCGGAGGAUGCGGCGGGGCCGGGCGCCGCGGCUGGUGCUGGCCGCCGGCCUCGGAUCGUUCCUGCUCGGCGUUUUCUACUUCCAGAGCAGCCUGCACCCAGCCACAGAAGACAGAGUCAUGAGAUCCACCUGGCAGGGAAAGGCCGGCCGCAGCCCACUCCAGGCCCUCUAUGACAGUGACCAGUUUGAGCAGUCCUCACUGCAGGCUGUUCACCAGCAGCGUCGGGAGCUGUUGAGCAACAUCUGCAACCGUUACACCCGCAAGCGGCGUCUGCUGCGCCCGGAUGACCUACGGCACUUGGUGGUGGAUGACACGCACGGGCUGCUCUACUGCUACGUGCCCAAAGUGGCCUGCACGAACUGGAAGCGGGUGAUGAUGGUGCUGACGGGGCAAGGCAAGUACCGGGACCCACUGGAGAUCCCCGCCAACGAGGCCCACGUCUCAUCCAACCUGCGCACCCUCUCUGAGUACAGCGUCGCCGAGAUCAACCACCGCCUGCGCAGCUACCUCAAGUUCAUCUUCGUGCGGGAGCCCUUCGAGCGCCUGGUCUCCGCCUACCGCAACAAGUUCACCCGCAGCUACAACACGGCCUUCCACAAGCGCUACGGCACCAAGAUCAUCCGGCGGCACCGGCAGGAGCCCAGCGACCAGGCCCUGGAGCGUGGCGAUGACGUGCGCUUCGAGGAGUUUGUCUACUACCUGCUGGACCCACGCACACAGCGGGAGGAACCCUUCAACGAGCACUGGGAGCGGGUGCACUCGCUCUGCCACCCCUGCAUCGUCCACUACGAUGUGGUGGGCAAGUACGAGACCUUGGCCGAAGACGCCAACUACAUCCUCCAGCUGGUGGGGGCUGACACGAGCGUCAAGUUCCCGUCUUCAUCCAAGACCACCAGGACAACGGACGACAUGACGGCCCAGUUCUUCCAGGACAUUAGCCCUUUCUACCAAAGGAGACUCUUUAAUUUAUACAAAAUGGACUACUUGCUCUUCAAUUACUCCAUCCCCUCGUACCUCCGCAUCCGAUGAGGCAGGGGCUGGGGGGAGAGGUGAAGGAGAGCUGGGUAUCUCUCAUCUUGCCACAACUCCUCUCCUCCCACCUUGUACUCACCUCUUGGUUGACUUCUUCCCUGUGCCCUUUCUGCUAUGGUCUCCUCCACAUCCUGAUGCCUUGUUCGUGCAUGGUCUGGAGGGAGGACACUUCUCAAAACACUGGGACUGGAAUUUUUCCUUUCCUUUCCCUCCCAUCCUUCCACAGGGAAUGGUGGUGGGACUGGACUCUGCAGGGUAGGUAGCCUUGGCUGGGGACUUUCUUUUAACUAAGAGACUCCUCUGCAGAUCCAAGUCUUGAGAAGGCUCCUUUUUCGGGCAGGAUCCCUUCAGGUCUUUCUCCUCCUUACUGGGCUGU